AGAAACCAAAAAAGGAAAAUAAAAAUAAAAAUGAAAGUGUGAUUACCAAAAUCUAGUCUAAGAGUAUAACAGACCAAUAGUUACAAAGCUGCCAUUUGUCAUUCACUCUGCUACUUCCUUCUUUCUCUGCUAAGGUUCUGUGGGUAUCCGAAAUCUUGGUUUUUAACGAAAUCAUUGAAGGUGAAUUACCUCGCCUAAAAGUUUAGCUGGUUAUUUGUUCAAUACGUGGAAACAACCUCUUUGCAUAAAUCCAAAGGGAAGGCUGCAGAUAAUAUUUUCCCACCCUUCUACCCUUUGGACCAUUUCAGCUUAACCCCAUUAAAAUGGCGCGACACCCCUUUGAGGGCUUGGAAAUUAUGUAUGAAGCUCAACGUUUACCAAGAGAGAGUGCACACCAUUUCAAAAGGAAGAUUAGAGAAAUGACGAGUAUCGAUGAAGAUUAUGCACAUUUUUUGAUGCUUUCCCUUGACUAUCAUAAAGAGUCCACAAAUGAAGGUGGAAAUGAAGGUCCCGCUGUUGCUAGAGAUAAGCUUAAUCACGGCGAGUAUGAGGACAGAGACGAGGAUGAGGUUGAUCCAGAUUACGAGGAGUUUUUGGCUAAUGCUGAAAAAUAUGGGAACUCAUAUUUGGCUAAAAGUGGUCAGAGUUUUGAAUGCAAGACUGCUGAAGAUGAUCUUCGAGUAAUCGUCGGUGAUAAUUGUACAUUUGGAAAGGAAGGAAGCUCUAUUCUCAUGGAUGCUUCUUCAGCAAAACAAUUGGAAAAUGUUGAGGAUAUCUGCCCACUUCAAACUGUAGUUUCUGAUUUUGAGUGGAAUGUCAAAGCUCUUCUUGAGAGGCCUUACGAUCAGAAGGAAUAUAUAGGAUUGUGGAAACUUGUCAAAAGUAGAACGCCUUCUCACUUGCGUAAUGGGAAAGUUUACACGACAAGGCGGUUGGGGAAAUCAUAUUUGGAUCAUUAUAAAGACCUCCAUGAAAACUUAAAGAAGUUGACAACAACAACCGAAAGAAGCUAAACAUCUUGCGCGGCUUCUUCUUUUGGUUACAGAAUCUCCCGCAGGAAGGAGCCUUCAAGCCUUGGACCAACCCGGAGUGGCUCUCAUUGGUGGAUAAAUCCAGUGGAUAAACCGAGUGGAUUAUCUUGCUAUUGUUUCUUUCUUUAUUUUUUGGCUAAGAACAUUGUAGUACUCUUCUGGAAGAUUUCACCCCUUGCACCCUGAUUUGAACCCCCGGAAAUUUUGUUACAUUAAACUGGCUGUUGUUGAUU